AACAAUUGCCUCCACUCGACCAAGCUAGAUAAAGCAAAGGCAAAGAGGGGUGUUGUGAUGGUGUUCUCACUUCCUGAAGAGUAAGCAGCAGACAACGCCUUUCUACUUUUGGUGCGUGGAGAAAAAGAAAAGCAUUCUGAUUAUUGAGACCAUGACGAAGCCGUCGUCCAAGAGCUCUGCCGUUGCUGCCUUAGUGCUCCUGGCAACGGUAGCUCGGCCCCAGUACAGCAGCGCUUUGGUUCCGGCCACGGGAAGAGUGCGAUCAAAUGUGGCUACCAUCAGAACCGGCAGGUUGUGGAGUGCCAACAGUGAAUACCCCGACUACUAUGAUGUGUUAUCGAGUAGAACCACCCAUGCCUCCAUGACAUCCUUGGAGACCAUGGACGAAGUGGUUCCCUUUGGCUUGGAGGAAGACUUUCACUACCACAACAACGUCAACAACAGAGAAGAAGAGGACGAGUCCUUUGACCUCCAAGCCCAACAAGAAGAAGAUCAACGAAACCGUUGGAAGAUUCAACUGACCAACAGUGUCUUGCAGAUACUUCAUAACAGCUUCAAGAACGUCGAAGCAACGGCCAAUGAAUUGCUGGACGAGGAUCCCGUGACUGCGUUUGCAGUUUUCGUCGGAGCAGGUCUAGUAGCAGCCUAUGUCCUUGGGUUGUUCAUUCUGGACGGCUGUAUGGAGAGCUGGAAUCCAGUUCAGAAUGGAAUGGUCCCCUAUUGGGACGAGGAAGUGCUCGUCAUGAUCAAGAAAGUUCAUUAGGUUAUCCAUCUUCAGAAGGUGCUUUCAUGUGGGAGACGAACAUAACAGGAAGAAGCCAAGAUAACAAGACAAAAACAACAACCCACAUUAUAUCAAUUAGAAUGGCAAAUGAUCAAAAGAACAGUCAGAGAUAACCAUCAACCGUGACAGGCGAACACAAGGCUGGAUCAUUUGUACAGAACAGAACCACAGUUUUGAUCAACUGCAUGUUUUGAUGCAUUAUGAAACAAUUAAAGAUGUGAAACCUUCAGAGGGAAGGAGUGCAUCUUUCCUGUAAACUUGGAGGUUGUAGCAUUCAGAGGACCUACACACCUUACUUUGUAAUUUAUAUGAAAUCUAAUUACUUUGCUUGACAAGCC